CUUGAGUUGUUUGUUUGCCUUUCUGCAUUUGUUACUUGGGCUGUGCGAGCAUCCUUUGGAAAAAGAGGAAAGAUCAGAAUCGCUGUCUAUCAAAUUGUCAACCUCUCUUCCUGGUGUCCCACCCGCAGUCUCCCAGACAGAUUUGUUUGUUACCUGAGCCCCUCUGCAGUGAGCAACCUGAGCAGGGAUGAUUCUUUGAGCUUGGCCCAGAAGAUCAGUAAGAGCUGCACCUUGAACACAACGCUUGGAAAAAUAAAGGGAAAAGGAGCUCCUUCCUCCCUGACAACAGAGGAACUGCAGGCUGUAUCUUCUUUGUUGAGGAAUGUUGAGCGUUUCACUCCUGCGGUGCUGCGGGUGUUGGGCCAGAUUGCUGUUGGGCUGUCUGUAUCUGACAUUGAAAAUAAGAUCAGUGGGGAAGACCUGGAAGCAUCAAUUCCUACCCUGGGUAAAGUUCGUGGCUGGAAUGCUGACCAGUCCAGUGCUAUUAUCAACAAACUGCUCAACUCUGGCUAUCAGAUUUCUUCUGGACAGAGCUUGGCAAAGCUAGGGAGCUUGGUGGCUGGCCUCAACAGCAGCACGCUUCGAAGCCUGCCUCCAGAAGUGAUCUUGGAAGCCAUUAAGUUGCCUGAGUUUGUUAAGCAAAUAGCAGCCCUGCCCUCUCCUCUGAAGAGGAUAUUUGUGGAAAAGAUUUCUUCCAGUGUAAGCAACCCAGCUGACCUGGUUAAGCUUAUCCCUGGUGCUCUGGCCAGUUACAUUCCAAAAUCAUUGCUUAUUUUUGAGGAUGAGAAGCUCAGCAUUGAGGAUCUCAACAGUAAAAUGUGGACCCGAGAGCAGGCUGCCAUGUUUUUCAGAGAUGUGAUAAAGACAGAGCCUGACUUCAGCAGGCUUUCCCAGUCAGUCCUUCAAGGCUACACAUGUGCAGUUGCCAAUGAAAUGGAACCAGAGAGAGUUCAGGAGCUGGCCAAAGUCAUGAAGAGGAAGAAUGUCAAACUAGGAGCAGACCAGCUGAGUUGCUUAGUGAAGAUGGUGAUGCUGCGUGGGAUUCCUAAGGACUUGGAUAGCUAUCCUAAUGACCUGUUGCUAUUUUUAAGGCCUUCAGACUAUGCAGCAACAGGAAGCUGUAAGCAGUACUUUGCUAAUGUUGGGAAAGCAAGUCUUGAUCUUCUGCAAAGAGAGUCGUCAGAGCGCAGACAGCUGCUGCUGGAAGCUUUAGCGUGCUUGAAAAUUCCAGGCACACAAGUAAACAAGGAAAAUGCAAAGAUUCUGGGUCAUCUGGUCUGUGACCUGGGUGGAGAAUACAUUAGAAGUUCUGCUGGGGCUUUGUUGAAGGAAUUAAGCCAGUGUGAAUCUUUCCUGCCUGAUCAAGAAGAGGCUAUUAGGAGUGUGAUCAGCAGUGGCAACACUACAUUUGGGCCUCCUCAAGCAUGGUCAGCGUCUACCUUGAAUGAGCUCACAGGGUUGAUUCCUGUGUUGGAUCACAGCAUCUGGCAGAAGGUCCCCAAGAACGUUCUAACUUUUUGGCUGAAGAACUUUGCACGUGAUUCACGUCUGUCAAGAGCACAGCUGGCCACCAUUGUUGAAGAACUCUUGCCUUCUAGACAGAAGCGUGAUGUUGGUUGCCCAGGUGAGCUGAGGAUAACAGAGACGGUUCUUAAUAAUGAUCUGAUGCCUAUUUACUAUACACCUGAGGAGCUGCGUGCUUGCCUGAAGAACGUCUCUGUAACGAAUGACUUCCUUCAGAUCCUGGACUACCCCUUCAGUAAUGAGCAAUUGGCUGUGCUGAAGGAGAAGCUGGAUGAGACAUAUCCUGAUGGAUAUCCUGACAGUCUGCUCCCAAAACUGGGCCGCCUUACUUCUUUAAUCACCACGAAGGAUAUUAGCAAAUGGAAGAUAACUUCAGCUGACAUGCUGGCUGCCUUGCUAGAGCUUGACCUGCAAAAUGAACAGGCUGUUGCUGUGAUCAGUCGAUACGUUGCCUUGGGAAAUCCCUUGAAUGCCACUGCACUGAAUGCAAUUAAUCCAAAAUACUUGUGCACUCUGAAUGCGACCUUGCUGAAUAUGAUAGACCCCAACAGCCUGAAACUGGCAUCCCUGGAUCCUUCAGCCUGUUCACAGCUUACAAAAGACAUCCUGUAUGCUAAAGCAAAACGUGCUUUCUCAGACCAGCACUAUUUACGUUCCUACUAUACGCUUAUUGAGCCUUACCUAGGAGGUGCUCCUGGUGAGGAUCUCAGAGCUCUGAGCAAGAACAAUGUGAACAUGAAUGUUGAUACGCUGGUGAAUUUGAGAAGAGACGCUUUGAUGAGCCUGACACCUGCUGAGGUUAAGGACUUGCUGGGGAUAAAUCUACAUGAUCUGUCAAAUUGGCGGAACAAGUCUCCCAUCCAGGAAUGGGCCCAAAGACAGAAGCAAACAGAACUGGAUAAACUGGGCGUUGGGCUCACGGGGGGAACACAAGAAGGCUAUAUAAACAUCGUCACGCCGAAGUUUCAGCCACCAUCCUCAGCCUCUUUUGGUACCGAGGCCAUGAUGCUCCACCUCCUGCCUGCUCUGCUUCUCAGUUUCCUGAUGAUGUCGAUCUUGUCUUGAAAAUCUUCCCUUGGAUAGAGCACGAUGAGGUGGACCAGUGUGUGACCUGCUCAGAGCCUGCUGGGGAGUGCUGGGCCAGGGGGUGAGGGGUGCUCAGUGCAUGCAGGCAGCUGCUGUGUGGUUCUGUGCUCAUUGCUAGGUACUUUUCUUUUUCAAAUCAAUAGAAAAAAAUUAGUGUUCUGUUGGAACUGAAACUUUCAGACAAUUCAGAGCAGGAUCCCUUUUUGCCUUUUGUACAAACCAAGCCAAGGUGAUACACAUCCCUUUUACUGCAACGCAACAGCCUUCAAUAUUUUACUGUGCAACCGUGGUGGGUUUAGGGGUGAGCAAAUCUGCUGUUCUGCAUGUUACUGAUUGCAUUUCUCAGAACCUGAUGUCUUGGCACUGCCAGGCCCUCUGAGUGGGUGUAAAACUUUCCAGCUGGUUCUAAAGAAAUUGUGGAGCUAAGUAAAAAUGCCAGAAGCAAAAUAGUAACUGCUGUUGUCUUCAUUCACAUUGCCUGCACUGCAGUGGCUGUGGGUACUAGAUCAAAUGAAAUGGCU